AGCUGUUCCAUUGUUGGAGCAGCGAGCUUCUGCACAAGGAGCCACAAAGCGGCCACACGGAUCUUCGCUGCUCCUGGAUCCUGAGGCCUCAGGAUCGGAAGAAUUGACCUUCUCAAAAUUGCGAGUAAAAUGAAGAAUUCUCAAGUGCCGAUUCUUGAGAAAUAGAUACGCAUAUCAAAUCCACUGUUGCCUUGGAAAGUGCUUUUGGAACGUGUUAUUUACUUAGUGUUGUUUCAAGACGGUUGCGAGCGCAUCGAAUAUUUCCCUCUAGUAGUUGAAUAUGGUAAAUUCUUUACAUAUUUCAAAUCCCACACGCUUGAUUUGCACGUGGAAAUUCUUUAUUACAGGUAAGAUUCCAUAAAUCAUCUUACCUACAAUUCAUGUUUCCAAUUAAUUCUGCUUUGUGCUAUAUAAGAAAUCGCAUCUUGCUAGUUAUUUGCUAAACUUAAUUUGAUAUAGAAAAAUUUUCCAUCAUCUGUUAAGGUGAAAAGCCAAGAGAAAAUCACACGAAACUUGCUGAAACAUCUUCUGUAAAUUCAGUUUAGAAUUUUUGCUCCUCAUUGUAUUCACUCUCGGAUAAAAAUAAUAAUGUUUCAAAGCAUAAUUUAUAGUUAUCUUCAUCGAACAUCGGUAGUUUUAAAAUAGCCUUAUUUAAUAAUAUAUAAUUUGCUUUUUGGAUAUUGAUAACAUAUGUGCGAAAGGAAUAUUUUUCAUUUUCAAAUAAAUCCAUAAAAUAUAUUGUUUGAUAUGAUUUAGUUGCUUUGAGUGAUAAUUAAAAAGAAAAACAUGGAUGAAAAUAGAAACUAUGUAUGCAAGAAUUCCAUUCGAAUUUAAGAAAAUAAAGGAAUUUUUUUUCUACUAAAGGCAGAAGUGAAACCUUUUUCUUUUUGUAUUUGUUACCAUCGAGAUACAACUCAAUAAUGUAUCCAAAAAACAUGUCAGAAAAACUUUAAUGAAAACUUUUUUUUUUACGAAAUUGCAUUUUUAUUUUCGCAACAAUACAAUAAAAAAUGGUAGAAUUAAAUGAAAAUGGCUGAUGUCAAGACCAGCUGCUCGGAAGAAUAUAAAAAUAAAUAGAAUAAAAAUAUCAAACGAUCUUUGAUAUUCCGAAAAUAUCACCAAUAUUUUUUGGCAUCAAAUCGUAUAUUUGAGAUUUCAGAAAGAUUUAUUUUUGUUGUAAGUAAUAAACCUUUUCUUAUUUGCUACUUAAUUUAGAUUUGCAGAUAUUAGAACAAUUCUUCAGAACUUUUAAUAACUGUGGCGUCAAAUAAGAAGAAUAAGCAAAAGAACAGAUAAUAAGUUUAGCUUCGCAAAGUUUCAUCACGAAUUGUCGGAAAAAGAAACCAGAAGAAAUAUAUUACAGGAAGAUUUUAUUUGUUUAUUUUUUCUUAACAAUUGUUUACAAUUUGCAUUUACUGCUUUUCAAAUACUUUGCAGUUAAUACAUGAUACUUCAACAAAGAACUACUUUUUGAAUAAAAUAUUAGGCUGUUUUUCGAUAGUCUUAGAAAGAAAGGAAUAUCAUUUAUAUUCCAAUUUUACCUCCGUGUCUAAUGACAGUCUUUCAAAUCAGACACAAGUUAGAUUCUAAAUCAAAUUUCUACUGAAAUUUUCUUGAUAAUAAAGAUGUCAAAUACAUUAGGAAAAGUGAAUCAAUUCUUUUAUCCAACGAAAAGUACUGAUAGUAAUAUUUUGCUUCCUACUUCGCAGACUGAUCUAUGAUAGCGGUUGUUAUUCUUCCGUGAAGAAUGCACCAUUCUAGGAAUAUAAAAUUAACUUUUAUGGAAUAGAGUUAUCUAUGAUUUACAAGUCCUAACCUAGAAAAAAAUAUCUGAUCUUUGAUGAAGAAUUUACUUAUAUUUUGGUGUCGCUAAAUGAUAAUUAAAAUUACGAUGGGAAAUAAAUAAAUUAUGGAACAGAUCCACACAAAUUCAUUUUUCCAGAGUGAGUCAGUGAUAUCUUCUGCAUGGCCAUGAUUCGAAUUCGGGUUCCUUUGGUUCGACCGUUGGUGCGUUGCACUUUCAAACGCAUCCUUCGGGUUCUUCCUUCAGUGCUCUUGCUUUUGUUUGUCUUCUCGCUCAUUUUCGUCACUUUGAUGCAAAUUGCUGUCAUUCACUCGCAUCGGAGGAACCACUUUUUCCCUAUUCGACAUGAUGCAGCCCCGUCCAGCAACGCUACUCUGCGCCCCACAACCGUUCUGGGCGUACCCAGUCUAAGUGUGACCAAGGCCCUACCUCACCGGCGCCCUGAUACACUAAGAGUUGAGGCUUUCCUAGACAAGACGGCUCCAACUCUGGAGGGCAACGUGGCCAUUGUAAAAAACAUGGUGAAUUGUGCCCGGGUGAGAAGGAUUUUAGACAAUUUAGGGUCUGAAGUUUCAAGAUCACGGGUUCGAGUCCUGAAAGGAUGGAAGAACCCAACUACAAUUAAUGGGGCUAAUACAAGAAAGAACUGCUGUUCUUUAAGUUUCAAGUGGCAGAGAAGGAAAGCCUGCGCCCGUAUUCCACCCCUUGGGGGUCGAUUAAGGUUGGACGUAUCUUUACAUAAUAGAACGGAUGUAGAGGAUCUACUAAGGAGGAGUCCGUACCUUCGAGGCCGAGGGUCAUGGACGCCCCGCGAUUGUGUGCCCCAACACCGCGUCGCUCUCAUCAUCCCUUAUAGGGACAGGCUGGAACAUCUCACCACCCUCCUUUACACACUCCACCCCCUCCUACAGAGGCAGCUAUUGGAGUACAGAGUAUAUGUCGUCGAACAGUACGGCAACGAGACCUUCAACAAGGGAGUGCUGAUGAACGCAGGGGUGCGCGAGGCCCUCCGAGACAACGACUUCCAAUGCUUCGUGUUCCAUGACGUCGACAUGAUUCCCGAGGACGACCGCAACUUGUACUCGUGCCCGGAGAUGCCCAGGCAUCUGUCCGUCGCCGUCGACAAAUUCAACUACACAUUACCUUACACUCUGCUGGUUGGUGGCGUCUUCUCCAUCCGGCUGGAGCACUUCUUGGCCGUCAAUGGAUAUUCCAACCUCUACUGGGGAUGGGGAGGGGAGGACGACGACAUGGCCUACAGGAUCAGGUAUCGCAAGCUGGAGAUCAUUCGACCCCCGGAGACCUUAGCCCGCUACUCGAUGAUCAAGCACGAUCACAGGCCGGAAUCGCCUAACGCAAUUAGGACCGCCCUGCUGCGAAUGGCCAAGAAGCGUUCAUCUCGGGACGGCCUCAACACGGUCAAGUACCGCGUGGUGUGGCGGCACGAGCACCUCGCCUACACCCACCUCAUGGUGGACAUCGGCAAGCACCACAGGUGGCAGUUCCUCAAUGGACAGAGGCUCAUCAUCAACUUCUGAUAACAUAAUUUAUUUUUUUGCCCACUUUCUAAAUAAAGCGCUUGAGAAAGCA